GACAUGAGAAACUCUGAUACCCAUUGUCUCAACCACCAUGUACAAGGCAAGUGGUCUCUCUCUCUCUCCUUUCGGCGCCUCUUCCUCAUUCCUCAUCCCUCCCCACGCGAUCCUCCUGGAAGGCAUUCGGUCAAGAAACGCCUGAUCAAUUCUCCACUCAUCUGCUUCUUCCAUGCAUCUUCACGCUCCUUCUUCUAUUCCUGGCUUCAUAACUUCAAGAACCCGACGUAGGAUUCGUCCAUUUCUAGGGCACCGCUAAUGCUCUGGUGUUCAGACGCUUGGUUAAGUAUCCAAUCAUGGCUAUGCGACCACGGUACCAUCCGAUCUGUCGCCGUCUUCAUGCUCUAUGUUCAGAUUGCUUGUGCUCUGGUCGGGUCCAUCGGAGCUCUCUACAAUGGCGUCAUGCUGAUAGACCUGGCGGUGUCAUUGUUUGCGGUUGUUGCAGUUGAGAGCAGCAGUCAGCGCCUUGGACAAACCUACGCCUUUCUUUUGGUUUGUGAAAUCCUGCUCGACGUUUCUUGGUUCGUCCUCUUCUUUCGGGAGAUAUGGAAUAUGUCUACCGAAAAGUAUAGUGCCCUCGAUAUCUUUUCGGUUAGAGUUGCCUUGUGGAUGGAAAUUAUUGGGUUCUUAGUUAGGUGUUCAUCGACGUUCAUUUGGAUACAAAUGUGCAGAUUGGGGGCUUCAUGUGUCGACAACGUUUAUAGGGAGUCUGAUGUUGACCCGAGAACAAGUCUUCUGAGUUCUGCAAACUACCUCAUUGUUCAAGAAAAUUCUGACUACUGUGAUGCUGUGGGUGGCUUUAUCGUCGACUCUACUUAUUACUCCUCUCUUUUUGAAGAUGUUGAGGAUGGAGGAUGUGUAUAUGAGCUUUUUUUGGAUUUAGAUGAGGCUCUAGCAUUGUACCAUUCACAUGUCUCCCAAGCCCCUAGUCAUCUUAGGAGAUUUGCUUUUCAUGGGGAUGAAGCUGGGACUAACUUUAUUCCGAUCUGCAUAAGUGGCAAAUUUUCCACAUUGUACACGAGGAGAUUGUGUAGCCAUCCGAGAGUGAGCAUUACGGAGCUGAUGUCUGUGCCUCUGAAUUUCUCACGACAGUCUGCUAAUCUUUGAUGAAGUUCUGCAAAUGAGUGUAGGCAUAGAGUUGGCUGAAGAUAUCCAUUUUUUAAUUGCAGUCAUGUACUAAAGGGCAGACGUGGGAUGUUCCUCUAUGGUUGGUAAAAGGGGAUGCCUCAUAUUUUUCAAGGUGUCCCUUGAUCCAGCGUAUCUAACUUUGUAUUAACCUUACUCAGAUAUAAAGUGCUUGGUCCAAUUUCCGUUGCA